GCGCUGAGCGAUAGCGGCUCGCUCUUUCCUUCUUUCUCCCUCCCGUGUUUUGUUGAUUGGUGUUUUCGUCGUGUUCACUCUUUUCUGGCGGAUUGUUACUUGUAACAAAAGCGAAGCACCCUCGCGCGCGUACAGCUGCUCACUUCACGCGCAUCUUUGGCUCGCGCCUCGUCUUGUUGCAUGGUGUUUCUGGGAGCCGACGCGGGUCAACCAAUGCAGAAAAGGGAGAAAAGUUUCGGUAUACAAAUGCUCUCCGUCCAGCCGGACACCAAGCCAAAGGGCUGUGCUGGCUGCAACCGGAAAAUCAAGGACCGCUACCUGCUGAAGGCCCUGGACAAGUACUGGCACGAAGACUGCCUGAAGUGUGCCUGCUGCGACUGCCGACUCGGCGAAGUAGGCUCCACGCUGUACACCAAAGCCAACCUCAUCCUCUGUCGGAGGGACUACCUACGGUUGUUCGGCGUGACUGGGAACUGUGCGGCUUGCAGCAAACUCAUUCCAGCAUUUGAGAUGGUCAUGAGAGCCAAGGAGAACGUCUAUCACCUGGAUUGCUUCGCCUGCCAGCUGUGUAACCAGAGGUUCUGCGUCGGAGACAAGUUCUUCCUGAAGAACAACAUGAUCCUGUGCCAGACAGACUAUGAGGAAGGACUGAUGAAGGAGGGCUACGCGCCGCAGGUCCGCUGACCACCCCACGACCCCUCCGCUCACAGGAGGAGAAAGAGCUGCGAGAGGACUUGAAGGGGACAUGCAAUCAGACACAAAAAGCACUAGUGUCCUCUCCAGCCCGUCUCCAUUGCAUUGUAUAUAUGAAGAGCCCAAAUAAGGGACGGUGUUCUGUACAGAUUAGCCAUAGAGACGUUUUUGGUAAGUGGAAGAAUGUUCGAAGACGGACCAAGUCUGUGGUUCGGUUUUAAUGACGCUGCCUAACGGGACAUGAAUGAAGACGAGACAUCUCAAUGGCCCGACUUUUGUGAACUUAAACACACACAAAGUACAACCCCAAGUCCAAAUUGCAAUUCUAUGUCGCUUGCUUUACAGGGUGAAGACCACAAUGUAAAAAAAAAUUAAAAGCGAGUUUGCGAGAAGAAAAGGAGCCAUGUCAACAUAAGAUCUCAGGUUGAAUGGGUUUCCUCAUUGUCCUUUCUAUUUCGAUGUCUUUUACGUUUUACGUUUCCAGUGACAAGUUAUUUGGAAUAAACACAAACAGCCAAUCAAAAGAUAUUUGAUGUUUAAUGUACAGUUACGAGAACCAAUGAGAUUUCAUGAUGGGCGGAGCUACCCAGAACAAUGCCACAGAUAUAGACGAAAUGUCCUGGCUGUUUAGGACAACUUAAGACAUGGUGUUAGCUUUCUAACAGAUCUUUGGGCUUCGACAUCUUCAACAUGUGGUGUGAUUUCAUUAGUGACGUUUUAAAAAACUUCACUUUCACCCUGUUUUAUACCUAAAAGACCUCAGUGGUCAAAUGCAAACUCUUUCAAUAUUUGGGUUUGGCAAGUGUGUAAUGGGUUGGGAAGUAAUGGGUUUGUUGAUUUCUUCACUGUAUCUAUUUAAUAGGAUUUUCGUCAUUGAGUGUAACUCAAGGCUCAGUUCCUGACAUGUUUAUACCUGAACUGAAUCACCGCUCGGUCGCCAAGCAUCUCCUCCAGACAUGACGAAUGUCACUUCGUAUUUUUUUUGUGUGGCCCAUGUUGAUCAGCUGACAUAAUCCUCUUUAAACACAAUCAGGUUGCAUAAACUGUAGUCAUUACUGGAGCACGUGAAUACCUGGUUGAAGGAUUUGCCUUUACCGGGUUUUGUUUACUAUCAACUCAAGGCAACACGCAAGCGCAAAUCACUACUGUAGCCUACUACGUUGAUAAUCCUUUUAUGGGCUAUGGUUUCCUUUGGAAACCGAGGGCAUAGCCUAGAAAAUAUGAGGACAAACCUAAUUUGUAUAUGGUGGUUGUACAUAUUUAAAAAAAAAAUAUUCCUUUUUGCUUGCUAUUGUAUAUGGAUUUUCUUUUUAUGUGUUAUUCAGCAUGAGAUGUUUAUUUUUAGG